GUUCUAGACUCGGUCAUUAUUAUCCUCUUCUUUCUCUCCUUCUCUCAGUGAUUGUUCCCCUUCUAUUUUCCUCGAGGGACCACUUUCCUUUUCCUUGCUCCCUUCACUUUAAACUCCUGAAAUCCUCCGUCUGGUCUCGCAGGAUCCCGAAACGGUAGACGGACGACGACGACGACUCCGGGAUCCACCCGCUAUUCCAUCGCAUAUCAAUGAGUUCUUGAGGACUCCUUAACGUCCUCAUAGGGCAUCUCUUUUCGUUUUCGGUUUUGAUCCAGCUUCCCUUCGGAAAUGGUCUCCUGGUUGCUCCGCGGGGCCUCCCGGAGUAAAGAUGGCGCCCCGUCCUCACGUUCGAUCUCGACAUGGGCCGUGUCGCUGCUUUUUCUUUUGAAUAUAGCUUCAGUCUCCGCCCAGUCUGCAGCGGACUACUACGUUCGCUCAUUACCCGGGGCCCCUGACGGGCCCCUGCUCAAGAUGCACGCUGGACAUAUCGAAGUCGAUGCGCAGAACAACGGGCAUCUUUUCUUCUGGCACUACCAGAAUCGCCAUAUUGCGAAUCGUCAACGAACAGUGAUCUGGCUGAAUGGUGGCCCGGGAUGUAGUUCAAUGGAUGGCGCCCUGAUGGAAGUCGGACCGUAUCGACUGAAGGACAAUGAGACGUUGGUGUACAAUGAGGGGUCGUGGGAUGAAUUCGCGAACCUCCUUUUUAUUGAUCAACCUGUGGGAACUGGAUUCAGUUACGUCAACACCAACAGCUAUGUCCAUGAGUUGGAUGAGAUGGCCGCCCAGUUCAUGACGUUCCUGGAGAAGUGGUUUGCCUUGUUCCCGGAGUAUGAGAGGGAUGAUAUUUACAUUGCUGGAGAGUCUUACGCCGGUCAACAUAUUCCAUAUAUCGCUAAAGCCAUUCAGGAACGCAACAAGAAAAUCAACGCCACCACCCCAUUAUGGAACGUCCGUGGUCUGUUAAUUGGAAACGGCUGGAUCUCCCCGGCUGAUCAGUACCCGUCGUACUUGACUUUCGCGUACAGAGAAGGUCUCAUCAAGGAGGGUACCGGCGUCGCAAACGAGCUGCAAGUUUUGCAAUCAGUCUGCCAGUCACGGCUACAAGCUGCAAAGGACAGGGUAAGCAUCAUGGAAUGCGAAGAGGUUUUGAACAAGUUACUGUCGAAGACCUUGGACUCGAACCGUAUGUGCUACAACAUGUAUGAUGUUCGUUUGCGCGACACCUCCGAUUCCUGCGGCAUGAGCUGGCCCCCAGACCUGGCAGAUGUCAAGCCGUAUCUCCAACGAUCGGACGUGGUUCGAGCUUUGAAUAUCAAUCCAGACAAGCGAUCGGGGUGGGAGGAAUGCUCCGGUGAUGUCGGCCGCGCUUUCCGUCCUCAGACAUCCGUACCCUCCAUUGAACUGCUACCUGGUUUAAUUGAGUCUGGUAUUCCCAUACUUCUUUUCAGCGGUGAUAAAGAUCUCAUCUGCAACCAUGUCGGAACUGAGGAACUCAUCAGCAACAUGAAAUGGGGAGGUGGUACUGGAUUCGAAACCUCGCCUGGCGUUUGGGCUCCACGACACGACUGGACCUUUGAAGGCGAGCCAGCUGGUAUCUACCAGCACGCAAGGAACCUCACCUAUGUCCUCUUCUACAACGCGAGCCAUAUGGUACCAUUCGACCUCCCCCGCAGAACCCGCGACAUGGUCGACCGCUUCAUGAAAGUCGAUAUCGCCAGCAUCGGCGGCACCCCAGCCGACUCGCGCAUUGACGGAGAACCUCUCCCGCAAACAUCUGUCGGCGGCCACCCCAACAGCACCGCAGCCGAGGAGCACGAGAAAGAAAGGAUCGGAGAAGCGGAAUGGAACGCUUACGCGAAGUCCGGCGAGGCUGUGCUUGUCGUUGUCAUCAUCGGCGUGCUCGUCUGGGGUUUCUUCAUCUGGCGCAGUCGUCGACGUCACAGUGGCUACAAAGGUAUCUACCCCAGGCCCUUGAUGAGCAGCAGCUCCAUCCUCGAACGCUUCCAGAACAAACGCAGUGGGGGCGCAGACGUCGAGGCAGGCGACUUUAAUGAGUCUGAGCUGGACGAUCUGCAUUCUCCGGCCUUGGAUCGCGAACACUACACUGUUGGCGAUGACAGUGAAGAGGAUGAACCGGGUCGGUCACAACAGCAGCGAACACAGCCGCAAAUGCACCGUCAUCCCCAGGAGAACCUGUCCCCGUCCAAUGGGUGAUCUGUUUCCCAAGGGUAUUUCUUUAUUAAUUUCGAUUUUUUUUUCUGUCUGGACGGUAAAUACAUUUAUUUAUCUUUGGCGUUUUUAAAUGUUGUCUCGGUUCUUCCAUGUCUUCCCUUCUUCUUCUGUGUUCCAUGCAUAUACAUAUAUAUCUUGCUUUGGUCAAGUGUGUGCCUUGCGAGCAUUCCCAUAGGUAAACGCAGCCAAGUUAACUAUUUUAGCAGAAUAGCCUCAGUUGGACAUGAACUUUUAUGACUAGAUUUGAUUUGAUCCGUUUCCAUUCCAAUCGAUUAUUA